UUUCUGUUUAGAUUUCUUCACAUCAACUAAAAAGUAAAGGCAUGACACCUUUCACCGAAGACUAUCUUGUCUGGCAUCAUUUUGGCAAGAGAUCAACAGAGGAAAAUAAGGACUUGGUGGCAUCGUACCGCAAGAGCCUUGAGACGGCCUUCAAUCCGUUCAAUCUCGGCUUGUUUGUCGAGUCAUUCAGUAAACGAACUGAAAUCAACAUGAGACGACCUGUGGCUGGGGAAACACCAACUAUGCCUUCACUGAAGUGCCAGGUUUGAUAUACUGCCAAUAUAAGCCCUCCCCUGUAUUGUCCGUUUAAUACAUUGUUUGCUUUUUAUCAUGUUUGUAUCCAGAAAUACAACUCUAAAAAAUAAUCUAUGUUCGCUUGAUAAAGUUCAUAUAUACUUGCGAUGAAAAUUUUUCGUACUUUCUUGUGAAUAAUAGGAUAAGACGUCGGGACAAAAAUUAAUGAAAACCAUGCAUUUAAUAUAGUUUGUGUUGUCAUUGACAAAUUUUGUGGAUACCCAAACAAGUAUGUCGAUAGUAAGCCACAUAUAUCUUAGUGUUCAAAAAUGAGGUAUAUACCCAUUACACCCCAUUCAAAAAUGUGUAGUGGACGGACCCUGCAUGCCAACAGGCGCAAUCUCUUAUAGAUUAUGUUGGGGAUACAUCUCCUUGCCCCCUCCCUCAGGAUUGAUGUCCUUGCCUGGGUUGUAUAUUAGGCCACACCCUUGAAAAUCUGUAAAGUACCUUGUUCGAAAUGGUAGUUGUACAUUGAACAUAAUGUUUAUACCAAAAGUUGGGUAUCUAGAGUAGGCAUUAGACCUCUACAUUAAGCUGCGAAGUUUGUGUCUGAACUGCUGAAAAAAUUUUCAUGUGUAUUAUGUUGGGCAUUGAUUUUUAUAUGAAGUUUACGAUUCCCACCUUUACCAUUCUUCGCAGGCAACUCGUAUACGGAGGUGGCUAUCCCGCCCGGAUUACAACUAAGCCAUAAAACAGAUGAAAAAAGUUCUGGUUUCUUUUGUUUGUAGGUUUUGCUUGUGGCUGGGGAUUAUUCUCCGCAUCUUGAAGACGUGUUAUUGACCAAUUCUCAUUUGGAUCCGAAAUGUUCGUCUUUAAUGGAGGUCGCUGACUGCGGUGGCACGCCGCUGGAGGAACAACCAGCCAAAAUGGCUGGAGCAUUCAGAUUGUUUCUGCAAGGUUUGGGAUACGGUAAGUAGUAUUGAAAUGAUG